UGUUCCCUGUCGUUUGUAUAUGUGUUCUGGACGAACUGGUGCUGACAGGGACUCCCCUCUGCUCCUCGUCCCUUGGAAAUAAUGUAAUCGCGAAUUAAAUGUUUGCUCGGCUAUCCGCGAUCCCUCGGUAUUUCUUGUACAUACAUACACUCGUGCGGAUGUUGGUCCUCGCUUGGUUAACCCUUGAACGAGGGAGCUGGCUUAAUCGCCAGUCAGAUUUGUGAAAAAUAUCCAAUGGUAUUUUGACUAAAAUUAGAGUUACCAAUUUUCUAACAGAAGAGUUUCAUAGACUGAAAAAUUAAAAAUUAAAAAUUAAAAAUCGCCAGUCAGAUUUGUGAAAAAUAUUCUGAUAUUUUGACUAAAAUUAGAGUUACCAUUUUUCAAACAGAAGGGUUUUAUAAAUUAAAAAUUAAAUAAUUUGUUUGCAUAGAUUUGACGCAUGAACGAGACUGGAAAAAAUCGUAUAUCCUCGAAGCAGAUUCUAGUUUGGCCAACAUUCUCCCCCUCUUCUCCGUCCGGCUACGUGACAAAUUGAGAUAAAUAAUUGUUUGCGGGUAUACACAAUGCUCUCUUGAAAUUUGUCACGGCGAUCCUCGAAACGGCACGCUCCGGAACGUUUGCGGGACUGAUACUCGUAAAAGCGAUACUCGAGCCGCAUCUGGUUCACAUUUUACUCUGGAAAAUGAUACUUGAAGAUCUGAUCGAUAUUAACCGCAGAUAUACCUAUUAAUCUGAUCCAUAGGAGACUGCCAGUCCCUCUAAGGAAGCAUCAACAAGCCACACACCAUGAAAUUCAAUCCCAGCCAAUGGAUAAUAUCAAAAUAUGCAAAUUGAACGUGAAAGCAAGAGAGGAAGCUGAAGAAUUAAAUGAGCCAAAGGAGUAUUUAACCUGCCUUAGCACCCAUUGGUGACCCAUAUGGGUGACGCUUGAAUUUCAAUAGGAAUCCAUCACUCAUACUAUUAGGAAAUACUUGUAUUAGAUACUUGAAAUUGUGGAUAAAAAUAUAAUGAAAUAUACAUAAGAUUUGUGAAGACAGAAGUAAUACUUAAUAGAAUUUUCAAUUCAAAGUGUUAAAGAGGACUAACUAUUAAUUGCUUAAGGAGUAUAAAAUUGAAAUAAAUUCAUAAUCAACUACAGAGAAGGUUUAAGGAGCGUCCAUUCGGGAGGAAACGAGCUCUCCUCGUCACGAAAAGGAUUAUUCCUCCUCGUUUCUCGUUGGUCCAUCCAGAACCUCCUCCUCCUCCUGUACGAUGUCAGAGGGUUGGAAAACGAUGGAAAUAAAAUUUCAUCCAGGCAGUAACAAUGAACCGCAGCAGUGUCGGGGUUGAUGUUCUGGUUAUUAACCGAUUGGCCAAUCGCUGAUGAUUCUGAUAGACGGUCGCACCUCUGGCACGGUCGCUAUUGGUCGAGGUCUCCGCCCAGGGGUUGGUAUCGAUCAUCCCCUUCGCUCUGCUAUAUAAACCAGUCUCCCCAGGGACUCUGCCGAUAGUCUGAAUCCUUGUUGUCCCCGUGGACAUUCUUGGCCUCCACGUGAAGUGUCCCGGAAGAGCUUAGAAAGUUACCUCAAUAAUUACAAGUGAAUGUUCAGAACGUUGGGGAGGAUUUCUUCGGAUCCUCAGCUACUUUGAAGGUUCACCCUUUGGAUAGAUUGACUCUAGAGGUUGCAAGUGAAGUGAUUAAUGAGCUGGUGAGGAGGAGAAAAGCGGAAUGGCGAGUCAUUCUACGUACGAGUACGAGGACAGAGGGCAGAGGAUGCGACAUAGGGUCGGUACCACUUCCAGAGCUGCUGACUCCACUGUGGCAUGCACCAGUAGUCAGUACUAUGUGGGUCCUAGCAGUGACAUCAGUGAAGAAGAUCUCGUGGAGCUGCCUUCCUGCGUUUACGCUGGAAGAUCCAGUCAACACGUUGCACAUACAUCCUCUCAUACUCAUUCUCCUCUCCAUUACCAUAUGCCAGUUUCUACACCUGAUCAUAACGAUACAGAGUUAAAUGGUGUAGAAGAGGGCUAUUAUCCAAACGGCAGCCCCUACAGAAUCCAACGGCACGCCGCGAACAUAAGGGAAAGGAAACGUAUGCUUAGCAGCAUCAACUCGGCUUUCGACGAGCUACGAGUUCACGUACCAACGUUCCCUUACGAGAAGAGGCUAUCGAAAAUCGACACUCUUCGUCUGGCGAUAGCUUACAUCGCUCUUCUCAGAGAGGUGCUGGCCGCCAGGCUCGACCCGUUGACUUACGUCGAGAGGUGCCUUAGGGGAGAGAUAAACGGGGAACGUGCUGAAUGGAAUACCAGUGAUUUGACAGCCCGCUUAUCAUGGAUAAACUGGGAGAACCUUGGAGUGAACCCUAAUCGACGAUCGGUAUUAACAACUCUGGCUCUAACCACGGACAAUAUGAACUAAAAAAGGAUCAUCGGAGAUAACUACAGAAAAAUUUUUCUUUCCUUUUUUUUGUAAAUAAAUAUCCAGUUGAAUAGAGUGCCAAAAGGAGGUUAUACAUAAAUGUGUAUAUUUCAGUUCUAGUCUCUACGUGCAAUACGAGCGACAAUGUUAUAUUUCGUACUUCUAAAUAUAAAUAUAAAUAUAUAUAUAUAUUAUACAUAAACGCGUGUACACGUAAAAAAAAGGGAAUAGCUAUUAUAGUUUUAGUAC